AUGUGCAAUCGCAACUCCCUAAAUGAGUUCAUCCUCCUGGUGUUUGCAAACACCCGGGAGCUGCAGCUCUUGCACUUCUGGCUCUUCUUGGGUAUCUACCUGGCUGCCCUUCUGGGCAAUGGCCUCAUCAUCACUGCCAUAGCCUGUGAUCACUGCCUCCACACCCCCAUGUACUUCUUCCUCUUCAACCUCUCCCUUCUCGACCUGGGCUUCAUUUCCACCACUGGCAAAGCCAUGGCGAAUUCCCUCUGGGACACCAGGGCCAUUCCCUACUUGGGAUGUGCUGCACAGGUCUUUUUUUUCUUUUUCUGUGCUACAGCAGAGUUUUAUCUUCUCACAGUCAUGUCCUAUGACCGCUACAUUGCCAUCUGCAAACCCCUGCACUAUGAGACCCUCCUGGGCAGCAGAGUUUGUGUCAGCAUGGCAGCAGCUGCCUGGGGCAGUGGGUUUCUAAAUGCUGUGCUGCACACGGCCAACACAUUUUCACUAUCUCUCUGCCAAGACAAUGCCCUGGACCAGUUCUUCUGUGAAAUCCCCCAGAUCCAGAUCCUCAAGCUCUCCUGCUCAGACUCAGACUACCUCAGGGAAGCUGGGCUUCUUGUAUUUAGUCUCUUAGUAGCAUUUGGGUGAUUUGUUUUCACUCUUUUUUCCUAUGUUCAGAUCUUCAGGGCUGUGCUGAGCAUCCCCUCUGAGCGGGAACGGCACAAAGCCUUUUCCAUGUGCCUUCCUCACCUGGCUGUGGUCUCCCUGUUUAUCAACACUGGCAUCAUUGCCUACCUGAAGCCCCCCUCCAUCUCCUCCCCAUCGCUGGAUCUGGGGAUUGCAGUUCUGUACUCAUUGGUGCCUCCAGCAGUGAACCCCUUCAUCUACAGCAUGAAGAACCAGGAGCUCAAGGAUUCGCUGUGGAAACUGGCCCAAUGGACGUUGUUUCACCAACAAUAA